AUGGCUAUCCUCACGAAGGCGGGCAACAACGUCCUCAGACGCACCACCGUCGCCGGCAGCAGCAGGGUGCCUGUGCCCGUGGUGUCCGUAGGUGUGGGAACAGCCCAGCACCGAUACAAAUCCACAAACACCCACGUCCCCUUCCCAGCGGGAAUCAUAUCCAGCCUCCAAAUCUCCCGGCACAUUUACGAACAAGAGGGCUUCGUUCCGGAGGAAGUAACCCUCUCCUACGCCGUCUCUCCGGCGGAAAUCGCCUUACGUUCCUCAGCCUCCCACACUGCCGCCGCCAACGUCGGCGCCGGUAACCACCACCGCCACGGUCUGCUCUGGUCGCACUGGCACCCCGGUCCUACCGCUGGCGUCGAGUAUCAAACCCGCCAAUUUUCAGCCUCCACUGGAUCUUCGGGGGGGGGAUUAAAGCGUGCAGCAGCAGUCUCCGACCCGUCAAUCUGGGAAUGGGGCGACCGGUCUCACACGCAGCCCGACCACAUGGUAGCCGCAAAGCCGAUCAUGCCAGGCGAUGAACACUACGACCCGGUGACCAUCAACGACAUGCCUUCGCAGAGCGAGGCGAAUGUGAAAGCUGAUAGGAGCGAUAUCGAUCCUUUGCACCGUUUGGGUGCUCUGGGUGCUUCGUCGUCUUCACACUCGCACCACAGCCACGGAGGAACUCAGGUGCAUUACGGUCCGAGCGUUUACCAGAGCCACCAGAGUCGGCAAUUCUUUUCUACCUCUUCUUCGAGUGAAGGAUAUGGAGGAGGAAUGAGUGCUGCAGCUGUGCACGACCCGUCAAUCUGGGAAUGGGGCGAUAGAAGCCAUACGCAGCCGGAUCACAAGAUUCCUCCGCGCCCGAUCUGGCCGGGAGAUCCGCAUUAUGAUCCGGUAACGAUCAACGACAUGCCGAGCCAGAGCGAGGCGAACGUCAAGGCUGAUAGAUCGGAUAUUGAUCCGCUGCCUAUGGGCUUGCACAAGGUCAUCCCUUUGCCCGCUGGGGAGGCUAUCCCCGGACCGACGGAGAGCGAGUGGGAUGUGAGAGCGGAUAGGAGCUCGAUGGAGGAGGAUCCGUUGAGGGACAGAAUGAGUUUUAGGGAUUAUGGACCGCUGAUGGCGGCGGGGAGGAGGACGGAGCAGGAGAUCAAGAGGGAUAGUAUGAAGAUGAAGAAGAAGGACAAUGCAGAUAAUGCGGAUACUGGAGAUAUGUAUGACAUGCCGGAGAGGGGCGACUCGGAGAGCAUGCACUCUGGGUAUGGGUAUUAUGGGGCUAGUUCUACUAGUAACUUUAGCGGAGGGGAGAUGUGGGAGGGUAUGGAGAGUACGGAUAAGAAGAGGGGUGUUAGACAGGAUCGGUUGUUUAUGGAGGACUUUGGGGAGGAGGAUGAGAGUCUGGGGACCACCAAGUUUGGAGAAGGAGAGGGUAGAGAGGGGUAUGAAGGGGAGAGGGGAUAUUUUGGAGAGGAAGGACCGGCGACGAGGAGGAGAUAUGGGAUGGAAGAGAUGGUGGGAAUGGAUAAGAGUGCUGAGGAGAUGGAGUUGGAGGAUGCCAUGUUGCCGCACUUCACGAGGUUCUACUGA